AUGCAGUCGCAAAACAGCCGCCGCAACACCGAUUACCAGUCCCACAACGACAACAUGUCGCGGCACCGCAUGCCGAUCGCUUCACACGAAAUGCACCUCCUUGAGCAUGAACAUUCGCCGCUCAAGUUCGCACGUCCGCGUCAUGCUGAUAUUCCCCACCGCACCGAAGUGGGAUACGUCCACUACAAGGCCGUGAUGGGUGUCGCGCUCGCAAAUGCUGUCUGCGAAUUCCGGAAGGAACUGGCUUCACGGAGCGCUGUGGAAUACCUAAAACUAGAGAACGAGAAGCUGAUUGUGCGAUAUUACAGCCAGAGCAAGCUCUCGCAGCAGGAGCUGGCCGAUCUCCAAAAGGCCACCCACUUCGAUAAGAAGGAACUGCAGCAGUGGUACAAGGGCUUCCUGAAGGACUGCCCGUCUGGCAUGCUCACUAAGGAGGAGUUCCAAAAGAUUUACAAACAGUUCUUCCCGUUUGGCGAUCCGUCGUCGUUUGCAGAUUACGUUUUCAACGUCUUCGACGCGGACAAGUCUGGCACCAUCGACUUCAAGGAGUUCAUCUGCGCUCUCAGCGUCACAAGUCGAGGAAAGAUGGAAGACAAGCUGGACUGGGCGUUCCAGCUCUAUGACAUUGACGGCGACGGCAAGAUCAGUUACGAGGAGAUGUUGGCAAUUGUAGAGGCUAUCUACAAGAUGGUUGGCUCCAUGGUUAAGCUCCCAGAGGACGAAGACACCCCAGAGAAGCGCGUGCGCAAGAUCUUCCGGAUGAUGGACAAGGACGAGAACGGCAGCUUAGACAUGGCCGAGUUCAAGGAAGGCUCCAAGCGUGACGAAACGAUUGUGUCAGCGCUGUCUCUCUAUGACGGGUUGGUGUAA